CAUAUGAGCAAUAAUUAAUAGAGAACAAAAGCAAGAGGGAUGUUGACAAAACCUAGGAAAAUAUAGCUGUUGUAAAAGACUGACAAAAGCAAGAGCUAGCUGUUAGGAUAUUGACAAAACCCAGGAAAAUAUAGCUGUUGUAAAAAUCUGACAAAUCUAGUCGUUGUAAAAUGUAUCAUCUACAAAUAGGUAAUGUAGUUCAGCAGAACAACACCCAUUCUCAUUUUGUUCAACUUCAUCUCAACAGCCUUCCCACUUUCAAAAAAAAAAAUGUCCAGCAAGUCACCACAUCAAUCUAGUGAGUCAGAUGAUUCUAGCUCUAGUGACUACCUUGAAGAGCUGAUUUUGGAAGAAAUCAAUGAUCCUAUGGAAGCUGAGAUUGAAGAUGAGAUUGAAGCUCAACUUCAAGCUCAAAUGCAAGCACAACAAACUGGUCAUUCUAAUCGUCGUGGGGGCUACAAACGAAGGUACAUCAAUAGAGAUUACCAAGACGACCACAACAGAUUGUUUGCAAAAUACUAUUCCGACAAUCCUUUAUAUACCGAUGAUCAGUUCCGUAGAAGAUUUCGCAUGAGAAAGCAUCUAUUUUUGCACAUUGUUGAAGCUCUUGGCAUUUGGUCUCCAUAUUUUCGUUUGCGAAGAGAUGCAUUUGGCAAGGUUGGUCUAUCACCGUUGCAAAAAUGCACAGCUGCCAUACGCAUGUUGGCAUAUGGUACACCAGCUGACCUUAUGGAUGAAACUUUUGGGGUUGCAGAAAGCACAGCAAUGGAAUGCAUGAUAAAUUUUGUUCAAGGUGUUAGACAUAUAUUUGGUCAGCAAUACCUUCGCAAGCCUAAUGAACAAGAUAUCCAGUGUUUACUUCAACAAGGAGAGGCUCAUGGGUUCCCUGGCAUAUUGGGUAGUCUUGACUGCAUGCAUUGGGAGUGGCAAAAUUGCCCGGUUGCAUGGAAGGGACAAUUCACACGUGGUGAUUAUGGUGUACCCACUAUCAUGCUUGAAGCAGUUGCAUCUGCUGACCUAUGGUUUUGGCAUGCAUUUUUCGGUGCUGCUGGUUCAAACAAUGAUAUCAAUGUGUUGGAUCAGUCACCAUUGUUUACUGCAGUGCUACAAGGAAGAGCUCCUAGUGUUCAAUUUACUGUCAAUGGGACAGAAUAUAACAUGGGAUACUAUUUAGCUGAUAAUAUUUAUCCAGAGUGGGCUGCAUUUGCCAAAUCAAUUACUAGACCUCAAAGUGACAAGGCUAAAUUGUAUGCACAACGCCAAGAAUCAGCAAGGAAAGAUGUGGAACGAGCAUUUGGGGUUUUGCAAAAACGUUGGGCCAUAAUUCGCCACCCAGCACGGCUUUGGGAAAGGGAUGAACUAGCUGAUAUCAUGUAUGCAUGUAUUAUUUUGCACAACAUGAUAGUUGAGGAUAAGAGAGACGAUUAUGACAUACCUGAUGACAACACAUAUGAGCAAUCACAAUCUUCUGUACAACUAGCAGGACUCGACCAUGGGCCAAUCCAUGGAUUUGCAGAGGUCCUAGACGCAGACAUGAAUAUUCGCGAUCGAACAACCCAUCGACGUCUAAAGUCAGAUUUGAUGGAGCACAUUUGGCAGAAAUAUGGUGGUCAACAACAACAAAACUAGAGUUUAUUUGUGUUAUGAAACUUGUGUUCUUUUUUCCAUUUUUCUUUCAGUCGUCCAAUUUAUUCUUAUUAGUAACUGAGACUCUUUACUUUUUCAUGCACUAAGAGUAAUGUACCAGUACCAUUGCCUUAAUUAGUCAAGCACAAGUCAUAUUGAAAAUAUCAUGUUUUUUUGGUCAUUUUUUUUAAUUUCAGAUCUGUUGGAGCACAACUAAACACUCUAUGAAAAUUCCAUCGGGAUCGAAAUCAACGAUUCACAUGAUGCAUACGUACAAACAGAAAAAGAAUCUGUAGUAGCAGCACUUGCACAUAUUUGAUGACAAAUUUAAUCGUAGCAGCAGCAGCACUUGCACAAACAGAUAUAAAUUUAAUCACCGGGCAAACCAAAAGCAAGAAGAGAU